AUUUUAACUUAUAGUAUAAUAAAAAAUAAUAAAAAAAUAAAUUCGUAAAAUCUGAUUUUCCCAUUUAUGUAAGAAACUGGAUUUGUUCAAUUUACUGUACUUCGGGUGUCAGGAAAGUUCUGUCUAGAUAACUUUAGAUACAUUUUUUAUACCUGCUGGAUAUUCGCCGGCGUUCUCAAAUAAUGUAGCUGAAGAACGCCUAAAAUAGUGUCCUGUUGAGUUUGGGUGGUUUUAUAAGUUAUAUGUGUAUAAGUGAUGAGAAAUGUUGAACUUGAAGAGAAAAAUAAUUCUUUGGAAAUCGUUUACAAUGGUUGCAAUGGAAACUUAAUAACCGUACUACAUAUACUGGAGUCUUCGACCAAUUUUAGUCAAUAAAUUGGUUAGAAAACACAUAUCUAGAAGUCUGAAAUUCAGUAGUAAUAGGGCUGUUCAUGCGACUUUCACGUGAUUAGCGGUUCUAACUUGUUUCAAAAUCUAACAUAAACAAUCGAACAACCAAAAAACCUAAAAUUGUUUUCUUUUCUUUUCUUGAGAGCAAUUUUAAGAAUCACAACAAUCGCAACAUGAGGAAUUCGUUGACGUCUAUAAACAACUUCACUUUUGUAUUGUAUACACCGAAGAUCUUACAACAGAUCCGCUUCAGUUGAUUGACCUUGCUAUAAGUAAAUUUUCUUUGUAGUAUUGGUUCCUUCUUUCUCAUUAACGCUGUUGAGAUACACAGUCAUUAUUAAUUGUGGUGCGGAAAGUAAAGAUUACUUGUCUUGCCGUGCACCAAUUUGCUGUAAUCUUUUUGAAUAAAUGUCCUUGUAUUUGCUGUACAUUACGACACAUAUUUCUAAAGUUUACAACACAUUUUAAUUAUCUUGUGUUUGUUUUAAUUAUUUUAAAUAAUCCAGGAAAUCCUUCAACUGUCUUGUUGAUUUUUGUUCCGCUGUCUUCAUUAGAGAUUAAAAUGGCGUAUUUUUGUAGGUGUUACAUCUUCGUUUCCUGUCGCCUGAUUUAUGUUUUUUACAGUAGCUGGAUACACAAAAAUAUCAUGCUUUUAUGCGAAUUACGUCGCCAAUUUUAUUAAUAUAAUUUUGACAAAAGUGUACUUAUUUAGUUUGCUCAUCGUAGUUUAUUUGUUAUGUGAAAAUGUUGAUGUUAUGUGGCAAAUUGGAGGUCAUUGGGAGAAUCCCCACGUAAAACUGUACUAAUUUCCUGAAAACUACUCAACUAUUAGAUUUUUUUCAAGUGCGGGCCUGUAUUAUUAUUAUUAUUGUCAUUAUCAUCAUCAUCAUCAUCGUCACGAUCAUUAUAUUAGUCAUUGUUAACAAGAAAAAUGAAAUGAAAAAAGCAAUUAAUCAUUCUUAAAAAUAAUAUUGUUAUUUAUACAAGAACACAAAAAAAUUCUUCGUGAAAUCUUAUCUUGAUAUCAAAAUCGCAAGACAGUUGUAACAAUUUGUGGACCCUCUUGAGACAAAUCUAAUCUGUCUGUAAAAAUUCUAUAAAAACAAGCACACGUGUCCACGUCCUCACACACAACCAUGUAUCUUUUCCUUGUCCUCAUAGCUAUCGGAACCACCCAUGCCCUCGACAUCGUCUCUCGGGACGAAUGGGGAGCUCGUCCCCCCACCAACGUCGUCCCUCAAAGCAACCCAGUACCAUACGUAGUCAUUCAUCACAGCGUGGAACCUGAGGUUUGUUACACCAAAGAGGAUUGUAUUCAAGCGAUGCAGACCAUGCAAGACAUGCACCAGAUUGAUAAUGGAUGGGCCGAUAUUGGGUACAGUUUUGCGGUGGGUGGAGAUGGUAAUGCGUACGAAGGAAGGGGAUGGUCGGCUGAAGGUGCCCACGCUCCUGGCUACAAUUCCAGGAGUAUCGGGAUUUGCGUAAUCGGGAACUGGAUGGAAGCUGUACCGUCAGAGAAGCAGUUGCAGACGGUCCAUGAGUUGAUAGAGUAUGGGGUGGAGUUGGGGAUGAUUAGUGGGAGUUAUGGGUUGAUAGGGCAUAGAGAGGCGACGGAAACUCUAUGUCCGGGGGAUCUGUUGUUUGAAGAGAUCACCACAUGGCCGCAUUUUGUUCAAGUUUAACAAGUUAAUAAAAAUUUACAAGGAGAA